AGGAGGGAGGGAGGUGUGCAACCGCUUCCUGUAGUUGCAUGCUCAUCUGAGCUCCUUAACCUUCCUCUCUGAGUCGGUUUCUGUCAAGAGUGGAGAGCUCAGGCGAAGCGUAACAAGAUGCAAGCCAUCAAAUGCGUGGUCGUUGGAGAUGGAGCUGUGGGUAAGACAUGUCUUCUCAUCAGCUACACAACCAAUGCUUUCCCCGGGGAGUACAUUCCUACUGUGUUUGACAACUACUCAGCUAAUGUGAUGGUGGACAGCAAGCCUGUAAACCUGGGCCUGUGGGAUACAGCAGGACAGGAAGAUUACGACAGGCUCCGCCCACUGUCCUACCCACAGACGGAUGUUUUCCUGAUUUGUUUCUCUCUGGUGAGCCCUGCAUCUUAUGAAAACGUCAGAGCCAAGUGGUACCCAGAGGUUCGCCACCACUGCCCUUCCACGCCCAUCAUCCUGGUGGGCACCAAGCUGGAUCUGAGGGAUGAGAAAGAUACCAUCGAGAAGCUGAAGGAGAAGAAGCUGGCACCGAUCACCUACCCACAAGGCCUUGCUCUGGCUAAGGAGAUUGAUGCAGUGAAGUACCUGGAAUGCUCAGCCUUGACCCAGCGUGGCCUGAAGACCGUGUUUGAUGAAGCCAUCCGGGCCGUGCUUUGCCCUCAGCCGGCCAAAGUCAAGAAGAGAGGCUGCUUAAUGCUGUAAAUGAUUCACUCAGGACCACAGAGGAGUGAGAAGAAGACUGGUAGACAUUCAAACUGUGGAUGUUGGGUUUGAAUGAGACUUUGCAAUAACAUCUCUACUAGAAGGUUUCAGAACGUGUCCACUUGUUAAAAGCAAUAUACCUUUGCUUCCUUAUUUACGUUAAGACUGUAUUAACCUGCUUUGAUUGGUCUGUUAUGUGUGUGCAUUGAAAAUGCUGUAGAAAAUUUGUGAUGUAAAAGAUUGGGAGCAAGAAUAAAAGACUAGCUUUAUAAAAAAAGAGAAAAAAUGGAUUUAUAAAGAAAAGCAUUGUGAAAUACAAUUUUUGGCGCAUUCAAUCAGUGUUUUAAUAAAUUCAUGUUAUGCUGAACCAUAAAAAGAGGAGAAAAUGUAUUUGCGACAUGACAGAAUGCAACAGAAUCUUGCUUUAAAUACAAACAUGAUCAUUAUUAUUUGUUGUAAUAUUGAAAUAAAAUAUACUAUAACAUAAUCAUGCUCA